CACAUAAUAAUAAUGUUAUAUUCUUCAGGGACUAUGAUACAAACAAAAUCAAUUAUAUGUAUGCUCAGUAUGUCAAGAAUACGAUGGAGCCUCUCAACAUCCCAGAUGUCUGCAAAGACAGAAGAUUUCCCUGGACAAAUGACGAUGCAGAAAAUGUAAGUCAGCACAUAAGGAGUUUGCUGUGUACACCAAUAAAAAACGGGAAAAAGAAUAAGGUGAUAGGGGUUUGCCAACUUGUGAAUAAGAUGGACGAAAACUCAGGCAAAAUAAAGGCUUUCAACAGAAAUGAUGAACAGUUCCUGGAAGCAUUUGUCAUCUUCUGUGGCUUGGGGAUCCAGAAUACACAGAUGUAUGAAGCUGUAGAAAGAGCCAUGGCCAAACAGAUGGUGACAUUAGAGGUUCUCUCAUACCAUGCUUCUGCUGCUGAGGAGGAAACGAGGGAGCUGCAGGUAACAGCGGCUGCUGUAGUACCAUCCGCACAGUCUCUCAACCUAACUGACUUCAGCUUCAGUGAUUUUGAGCUAUCAGAUUUUGAAACAACGCUGUGUACAAUUCGAAUGUUCACAGACCUCAACCUGGUGCAAAAUUUCCAAAUGAAACAUGAGGUUCUGUGCAGAUGGAUUUUAAGUGUAAAGAAAAAUUAUCGGAAAAAUGUUGCUUAUCACAAUUGGAGACAUGCCUUUAAUACAGCACAGUGCAUGUUUGCGGCUUUAAAAUCUGGUAAAAUUCAGAGCAAACUGACUGACUUAGAAACACUGGCUUUGCUGAUAGCAACUCUAAGCCAUGAUUUGGAUCACAGGGGAGUGAACAACUCUUACAUACAAAGAAGCGAACAUCCACUGGCUCAGCUGUAUUGCCACUCCAUCAUGGAGCAUCAUCAUUUUGAUCAAUGCCUUAUGAUCCUGAAUAGUCCAGGAAAUCAGAUUCUCAGCAGCCUUUCCAUUGAAGAAUACAAGGCCACACUGAAAAUGAUAAAACAAGCCAUUCUUGCCACAGACCUCGCACUAUACAUAAAGAGAAGAGGAGAAUUUUUUGAACUUCUAAGGAAGAAGCAAUUUAAUUGGGAAGAUCCUACACAGAAGGAGCUAUUUUUGUAA